UCAGGUGGAGCUCCUCUACGGCGACGACAGACUCCUGGACUCUUGGACGCUGAUGGAAGUGGCCUACAUCUACAUGUGGAAGAGGGAGUCGCCGAUGGAGCUGAGCUUCCAGGUGGUGGCGACCCGCAAGGUGAAGAAGCGGAAGCCGCAGGCGGCCGCGCUCGCCGCCCAGGAGGAGGCGCAGGAGGCGGCGGCGGCGGGCGGCGACGAGGCGUUCCCCGCCGAGGAAUGCCCGGAGCCCCCCGAGAAGAUCUCCCGCCUGGAGAGCGCGGAGGACGCCUCGACGGCGCUGCCGCCCGAGGACCAGCCGUCGCUGCACACGCGGCCGCCCACGCCGCCCGAGACCCCCGAGGGCGGCCGCGGCCAGGAGGGCGACCACUACCAGCUCGAGGACCAGCCCGUCCACACCCACCUCGGCCUCCACCACGAGGACGUGGAUGAGGGCGGAGGCGUCGUGGCCGAGGGCGAGGCGGGCGGAGGCGGAGGCGCCGAGGAGGACGAGGGAGGAGAGCCAGGCGAAGGGGGGGAAAGGGCGGGCGAGGAGGCGGGCGAGGAGAUGGAGGAGGAGAGCCACGAGGGCCACGAGGGCCACGAGGAGGCGCAGGAGGAGGCGCCGGGCGGAGGGGCGCAGGAGGAGGCGCAGGAGGAGGUACCUGAAGAGGAAGAGGAGGCCGGCGAGAAGGCGGCGGAGGAGGAGAAUCCCGAGGAGGCGCCGGAGGAGCCGGCGGAGGAGGCGCCGGAGGAGACCCACGAGGAGAGUCACGAGCAGAUGGACGCGUCGGAGGACCUGGACGCGUCGAAGGAGUCGAACGACCUGGUGGUCGACCACGACUCAGAGACGCCGCUCGAGGUAGACACGAGCCACGAGACGGAGCCCGAGGGCGACGGCGACGCGGACGGCGACGCGGACGGCGCGGCGGAGGGCGACGGGGGGCGGCUGGGCGGCGCGCCGGCGGCCAAGGACUGCGGCGACGACGAGCAGGAGGACAGCGCCAUUGACGUGACGGAGACGAGCGCCAGCGAGCCGCCGGACAGCGACGACAAGGACACGGACCUGAACGUGAGCACGGAGUCGGCCGAGGCGGACGCGGAGGCGCCGUGCGAGGCCGGAUCGGCGUCCAAGCUCGUGCAGACGGACGAGACGCCCAUCAACCUCACCCGCAAGCUGAAGGGCGAGCGCAAGCUCAGGAAGGACUGCUACGUCUUCACCGACAACGAGGACGACGACGAAGAGGCCGACCUGGAGGAGGAGCGGGACGAGGUGGGCGCCCUCGACCUGUCGCGCCACGCCCGCACGGUCAGGGAGGCGCGGGCGCAGCGCGAGAGCCUGGAGUCGCCGCCGUCGGGGGGCAAGGCGGGCCGGACGGCGCGCGGCCAGGGCACGCAGACCAUCCUGUCCAUCACGCAGAGCAACAAGUCCAAGAAGUUGAAGCAGAGCCCCGCGUGCACCGCGUCGCCCACGUCGACGGCGCAGGCGGCCGCCACCGCCGCACAGAUCAGCCGGCCCGCGCUGCCCAUCGACUGGGCGCACCCGCCCAUCGUGCCCGGCCCCGUCACGCCGCACGCCGUGGCCUUCAGCGACCUCAUGACGCUGUCACACGCGGCGGUGCAGCUGCAGCUGGCCAUGGCCCACGCCCAGGCGCAGGCCCAGGCUCAGGCGCAGGCGCAGGCACAGGCACAGGCGCAGGCGCAGGCCGAGGCGCAGGCCCGAGCGCAGGAGCAGGUGCUGAAGAGCCUGAAGGUGAGCGAGUCCCUGAGCUUCGUGAACGGGUCGGGCGACACGCUGACCAUCAGCCCCAUCACGACGGCGCUGCAGGACAAGCCGUCCAAGAACACGGCCACGAAGGCCACGAGCAAGAUGCACCACCACGCGGCCAAGGCCAGCGUGAACGGCGGCUCGCACGUGUCGCACUCGCGCAGCUCGAGCACCAAGUCGCACGGCAGCCACAAGUCGGCGGGCAGCAUCAUCAGCAGCAAGGCCAGCGGCAGCAGCCACGGCAGCCUGCGCACGACCAUCCACAAGUCGGCGCUGACGGCGUCCCUCAAGAUCCCCUCCGUGUCCGUGAGCAAGACGAACGGCGCCGCCUCCUCCAGCGGCGGCGGCAAGGGCGACAAGGACUACCCCGAGCGGACGGGCGACCCCGUCUUCAAGAUCACCAACCAGAAGCUGGCGGAGUUCGUUCGGCGGCAGCACCUGCAGCAGAAGCUCAAGCAGAGCGGCAACAACCUCAAGUCGAACGCGAGCGCGACGAGCACCACCUCCACAACCACCACCACCUCCUCCUCCUCCAACCCCACCUCCUCGGCCUCGAGCUACAUGAACAGCGUCAGUUCCACGGGCUCCCCCGCGUCCUCCUCGAACUCCACCAUCACCAAGAGCUCGUCCUCGCUCCUGGGCUCCGCGUACAAGACGAGCUCGGCCUCCAACCCCGCGUCGGGCGCGCCGUCCCUCGGCGGCGUGGCCUCGACGCCCAAGUCGUGCUCGUCCUCGCAGAGCAUCCGCGCCACCAACACCAGCGUGCGCCAGAUCCCCAACCCGUCGCUGCUGCGCCAGCAGUCCGAGUCGCGCAUCACCGGCGGCCUCUCGGGCCUCGGCAUGGCCUCCAGAAAGUCCUCGGAGUCCAUCAGCAGAAUCGAGAGCCUCACGAGAUCCCUGCACGAGAAGAUGGCCGCCAGCUCGCUGGCCGCCUCGUCCCUCGCGGCCACCAUAAAUUCCGCGGUCAAGUAGGCCCCCCUCGACCGCCCCGGGGCGCGGCCGGCCGGCAGACAGUGCAAGUAAAUUCCAGGCGAAGCCGACGGCUUUUGCUUCUGUUUUCCUCCGGGUCAUCGCGACGGCCUCGUUUCAGUGGAUGUCUACUCGCAUCGCCGAAAUGU